AUGUACUAAUCUCUCUACUUUAACCCUCGGUUUCUAUUUAAAUAAAUAAUUAAGAAAUCAAAGAAUUAAACAAUAUUUAUUUAUUUAAUUAAUUAAGUAUUUUUAUUAAUUUUAAUUAGUAACAACAACAUAGGUUCAGAUGGAGCGAAAGCAGUUGCUUCCGAAAUAGCUAAAUGUACUAAUCUCUCCACUUUAACCCUCGACCUCGAGUCUAACAACAUAGGUUCAGAUGGGGCGAAAGCAGUUGCUUCCGAAAUAGCUAAAUGUACUAAUCUCUCCACUUUAACCCUCGACCUCGAUGAGAACAACAUAGGUUCAGAUGGGGCGAAAGCAGUUGCUUCCGAAAUAGCUAAAUGUACUAAUCUCUCCACUUUAACCCUCGAUUUCUA